AUAUAGUCCAUGAGACUUUAUUGGUCCAUAUUUCCAGCGACUUACAGUUCUAAAGGUGAUUUGCUUAAUAUUCAACGAUUUCUCUCUGGUAAAGAAGGUUUAUAGAGAGAGAGAGAGGACAGAGUUUUAGAAGGUUUAGAGAGAGAGAAGAAAUGGGGAGGCUGUUUGUGGUCAAUCUUGAGGGCAAGAUCUACAGCUGCAAGUACUGCCGAACCCAUCUUGCUCUCUGUGAGGACAUCGUUUCCAAGUCUUUCCACUGCAGGCACGGGAAAGCUUAUCUCUUCAGUAAGGUAGUGAAUGUGACUGUUGGAGAAAAAGAAGAGAGAAUGAUGACGACUGGGUUGCAUGUUGUUGCUGACAUUUUCUGCGUUGCAUGCGGAUCAAUUGUGGGAUGGAAAUAUGAGACUGCCCAUGAAAUCAGCCAAAAGUACAAGGAAGGAAAAUCUGUCCUUGAGCGGUUUAAGAUUUCAGGUCCGGAUGGAAACAACUACUGGGCCAGCCAUGAAGCACAUGUUGGUGGGAGUGAUGCAGACGAAGCAUGAUUUACCCUUCAUUUCCAAAUGUACAUUCUUCUCCCCCAAUGUUCUUGUUCAACAUGUGGAUUCUUGAAUUGGUAAUAUCUCAUUUCGGCGGCUUGCACAGGCUGCUCAAAUAACAUGUACUAAGGCACCAUUUGUUCAUACUGAUUUAGUUGACAUCCAUACUGCUAUUGAAACAUUUGUUGCAGUUUCAAGAAUUAUGUACUUGUUGCUGGGAAGCUCGUAGUUUAGCAAGAUUAUCUGUUGAAUGGGAUCACUAUGUUUGUUUUAGGCCA